AUGAAACCGUCCGACAUCUUACCUCUCCUCAAAUGCCCCGUUUGCUCUCUCACUCUCGCCGCACCAAUUACUCUUCACUGUGGCCACUCUCUAUGCUCGUCUCAUCCCUUUCCGACCACAUGUCCCAUUUCGGGUUGCUCGUCUUCCGCUUUACCGGCCUUGCCUCCCAUUCCAACUCACUCGACCGUUGUCAUCACCACCUUACCAAUUUCACUUCCUCCUCCUCCCCCUUCCAUCUCUCCGAUACACCAUUCAAAGGUAGACGUCACCCUCAACAAUAUUUUAUCUUUAGUCUCUCGCACGCAGAAUCACCUCGACCGCAUUCAGCCCCACGACGACGACACCCAUGAUCCAUCAGAUCGCCCCCGGAAGAGACCCAGGCGUAUGAGCCAAGAUUCCUGUCUUCUUACACAUCUUAAAAACCAAGCCCACCACAGUAGAACGGUCCCCGCCAACCAACCUCUCCCUUCUUCUGAAUCUCUGGAUACCCCUAUUCUUCAAGGGUUCCACAAGGAACUGCUUGCAGAGUUGACUUGUGAAAUCUGUCUCAUUUUAUUAUACCAACCCAUAACUACCCCUUGUCAACAUACCUUUUGUUCAAAAUGCCUCCAUCGCUCUCUUGACCACAAGAAUGCCUGUCCCGUGUGCCGUCAUCCACAACCUGACUAUUCUUAUUUCCGAGAUCAUCCACUCAAUAAAACCAUUUACUCCAUCAUCCUCAAGGCUUUCGCUCUUGUCUAUAUUGAACGUGGCGAGAUUAUUCAACAAGAGGAACGCGACGCUCGUUUAGACACCCCGAUUUUUGUCUGUCAACUCAGUUUUCCUGGCGUUCCCACUUUCCUCCAUUUCUUUGAACCAAAGUAUCGACUAAUGCUUCGACGCUGUCUGGAAUCACCACACCCUCAAUUUGGAAUGAUCAUGUCUCCAAAAUCCGGCGUCCCAAACUCGCAAAUUGAUUAUGGAACUAUGCUCCAAAUACGGCGGGUCCAAAUGCUAUCAGAUGGCAGAAGCUACGUUGAGACAAUGGGAUCAUAUCGGUUUCGCGUUUUGGAAAGAGGCACCCUAGAUGGUUAUACGGUGGGAAGGAUCGAAAGAAUCAAUGAUUGUCCCGACCUCCCAUCAACAAGUACUCUUCAACCCACUAUUGAAGAUUUGAUGGACAUUUGCAAAUCCUUUCUUGAGCGGCUCCAACUCGGAACCGCACCUUGGGUGGUGCAACGACUCAGCAACACUAUUGGCCCGAUGCCAACAGAUCCUUCGAUCUUCUCCUUUUGGGUAGCUUUAAUCCUCCCUAUCGACGAACACGAAAAAGCCAAACUGUUUCCUAUUCGGAAUACACGCCUUCGGCUGCUGCUGGUUGUGCAUUGGAUCGAGCAGCUAAACGACAAUUGGUACGCCAGGGUUACCCAUGGCUGGGCGGGUGGUUCUCAAAUGGAUGUACGAUUUUGUAAACGUUGGACUUGGGAGUUUGUUAUUGUAAUCCGUUAA